GGAUGAUGAGUAAAACUAUUUUGUAAUAGACUUCUCUUUUUGUACAAGAACCGCGAAUUUCAAUUUCUAAUAUAUCUCUGUUGUGCUCGCACGCCGUGUUAUCACUUGAGUGGCAUCUGCCAGUCCUAACUGUUGUGUUGUGUUUCAGAUUGCUCCUGUCUGCAAGUAAACGCUAAGAAUACGUGCUACACCAGACUUCCGACAACUAUAGAUGAAGUCACAGAUUCUACCAAUCUAUUGCAGAGGAGGGGUUGUACUCAUUACUCAGUGCGUUAAAGCAAGCCUAACAUUGAAAAGCCGGAAAUCUGUUACCGGUGUCUAGUGUAUGUUUGCUGUUUUGGCCAUAAAAGGAAGCCGAAGGGUCAUGAUCAGGGAGUAAAAAGAUCAUAUUUCACCACUCGCAAAUAUGCGUUUUCUUACGGUAUGAUGUCAACUGGUACCUAAUAUGUUCACCCUCACGAUGAAAAGUACCUGCUUCCAUUCUUUUCGAACGGGAAGUUUAGUCCUAACGUGAUUUGCAUAUAUCAAACUUUUGCUGUGUUCUUACGCAACAAAAGUACUAUUUCAGUUCUAAAAAAUCUAUCCUGAGCUAUACGUUCGGUAGAUUACUUUUUUUUGAGUUUCACUAUAUUUAAUAGUUACCUGUGGUUUUGCCUCAGCUUACUAUUCGGUUUUUUUUGUUUUUCACGUAUAGACUAGUUUCAGUUUACAUCACUCGUUUUGUCCGUUUUUGUCCGUUUUCAGUGUGCAUUUUAGUGUUUUUUUUUUAAAAAGGUCUUAAGCUUUGCCAGCAUCUAUAACAUAGUUUGCUUCAACACCGUCAUGAAAAACUCAUGCAAACGUCCGGGAUGCCGUUUUGCUGUCACAACUGGCAUGCAGUGUGACAACUGCAAAGGUUGGUUUCACGAAGCAUGCACAAAUCUGACAGCAACUGCUUACAACAAACUCAGCAAGUCAGACCAAAAGUGGGUAUGUGUCACGUGCAACACGGACGCAGUAGUCUUGCUGAGUAACAUCAUUGUCCUACUGACAGGUCUUCGAAACAAGCUGUCAGUUAACUUGGAAUACGACAGUAAAAAAACCGAUAUACAAACAAGAGCGCGCAACGGACUCAAAAAUAGGGAUGUCGAUAGGUAUGUCAUCGAUGGAGCAUCCAUCAACACUAACGACGACGUGUCGAGGCUCAGUACCAUCAUUACGUCGACGGUACUAGACUCCCUAGGCAAACUCGGGUCUCCCAGCUCAGGGUCGCUGAACACAACAGUGGUUCCCAAAAACCCUGCAGGCGAUUCGACCCGCGUUAAGAGAGCCCAAAAGAACCAGGCAUCACCGCCUAAGCCGAGCAACCCAAGUGUUGCUGCACGGAAAAUAACUGGUGAUUUAGUCGCACAGUCUACCCCCAAGACUGUUCGUCCGGUCAAUAAAGAGCCCAAGAUUCAUAAACGCACACUGACCUCCAAAAACAAGUUAUUAAACCUGAACCCAUCGUGAAACCUGGUAAAUUAACAACAGUUCGUGACGAUUCUCUCAUUAUCAUGAACCUCGUCGACAAUCCUGACCUUCCUCUCAGUCUGCAGGAUAAAAACGACAGGAUGCUGUGGGGUGAAUUGAACAAAAAGCUCGAACUUCCUAGAAUAGAGCCUUUGACGGUCACCCGGCUCACUCGAGGAAAGGAUUCUAAGCAUCUAAAUCACCCGAGGCUUCUCCGAGUAACACUUAAGAAUGCUACCGACGUAGAGGACGUCUUGCUAGCAAGUCACUUACUGAAAUCAGAUGGUAACGUAAGAAUAUUGCCCGACAUACCGUACUCUGAGCGCAAUAUCAUACGAAACGUCCCUAAAGAAUCUCGCGAGAAGUUCUUCCGCGGAAGAAACAUAAUUGUCCAAGGUAUACCGGAAAAUGCAGACCCUACUCAAUCAAAUUCUGACAUCAGGGAAUGGAAAUUCAUCAAACAGUCCUUGAGGCUCAAACACAUACUGACUCAGCAUGUGACGAGACUAGCCAAGAAGGACGGUGAUCCUAGACCUCGUCUGAUGAAGAUAACCUUCCCAUCUUCUCACAUGGCGGCUGCAGUU